AAAAUGCAGUCAUCUUCUGGUUUGCAAGGAAGUUGCUACUUACAAGAUGAAUAAGUUUCUUCUGCUAGUAGUCUGUGUGCUUGGCACCGUGUCCGCUGGUCGCAUUGUCCAGCGUGACUAUCAGAGGGACAUUGGCAGUGUUGAUCAGCGCGUCGUGCGCAUGUCCAGGGAGGACUUGCUGCGCCAGAAGUUUAUUCUAGACAUUGUGCAACAAGUUCAACAGCCCUUGGAGCAGGAUGAUCUUAUUGAGCUGGACCAGGGCCUUAUUAUCAACCCAGAGCGCUAUCGCGGUGGCAUCGAUAAGGAAAUGCAGCGCGUUAUCGACUUGGACCGCCAGCGUCGUCUCCUGGAUGAGCGCGAGGUCUAUAGCAUUCGCAAUGUGGAGCAUGUUCAGCAGCUGCGUGGCAUCUACCGCCUGCUGGUGCGCGCCAUCGACUUUGAGACCCUGGAGCGCAAUGUCGUCUAUCUGCGACGCAACGUUAAUCCCGUCCUGCUCAUCAACGCCUUGACACUAGCUAUCCGCGAUCGCGAGGACACCCAAUCGCUAAUCGUUCCUGCCGUGCAGGAGAUUUUGCCCGAAUUGUAUCUUGACCAGCAGACAUUGGAGCGCGUCCAGCGUGUACAGGCACAGAUUGAGAACAGCCCUCGACCCUCUUUCGUGGAUGUGAUCGGUCUAGGCCAGCGCAUCCGUCAGAUGAAUCCUGUGAUGCGCAUGGUUAUGCCAUGGCGUGAUCUGCACUUGCAACUGGCACUGCGUAAGCAACAGACGUGGCAGCAGAACCAGAACCGUGUGGUGUUGCCUGUUCAGAAUAUUCAGGACGAUCAGGACAUUUCGCUGCUCACUGAGGACAUCGGCCUGCGCAACUUUAUUCAGAGUCUAAUCCAAGAACUGGCUUUGCUCGAGAACAACUCGAACGUCCGCCCACUGACCAACAACGUUUUGGAUAGGGACAUCGAAGUGGAAGAUGAGGAUCGCAUGCUGGGAAUUAACCGCCGCCGCAUGGUCCAGCAGCUGAACGAUGAUGAAGACAUCUAUGGCAACCAGCGCGACAAUGAUGACGACGAAGAGACACCUUUCAGAAAUCAACUGGUCGGCAAUCGAGUUCCUCUGCUGCGUAACAUAGGACAGGGCCUCAGACGUAUGCUGGGUGGUAACUGGGAAGAGCGCACCUCGACCAAUGACAUCAACGACUUGCCCACCGUGGACGCUCGCAGCGAUCGCUUGGUGCAUGUCGGUCGUCGUCGCCAGAACUUGAACCGCAUCGAGCCUGAGGAUGAGCAGCUGCAGUCGCGACGUUGGGGCUUUGUUCGUGGCGAGCGAUUGAGUGAGGGCCGCCGUGUGGACCAGGAGCUGACUGGCAAGCGCAGAAACUUGAUUGAGGAUAACCUGCAAGACCUUACCGAUAACUUGGAAUCCGUCCCUCGUAAUGAUGAUCGUCUGGUGUACAUCAAUAAACGUCGCCUGGGUCAAACGAACGAUAACUUGAUUGGAGAAGGCCGUCGUGUGGGCGCCAUACAGGAUGAGGACAUUCUGCAGCUGAUUCGCCGCGAUAACCGCCUGAAGAAAUUGAGCGAUGAGGAGAUCCUUAACUUACUGUACCGCAACCGUCAGCUUAAGGACCAAACUGAACAGGAACGCUUCAUGGGCAUCGUACGUGGCGACCGCGUGAGCGAGGGCCGUCGUGUUGGCGACAUUGACACCUGGAAGAACGAUGAAAUUAUGCAGUCGAUACGCGGGGACAACCGUCUGGGCCAGGUCAACAUUGACGACAUCAGUGAGAUGGUGCGUCGCAACCGCGACCGCGAGGAGCAGAAGCAGCAGGAACGCUUUCUGCGUGUUAACCGCCAGGACGAAAACAUCCGCUCUGGAGCUGACAACCUCCAAGCUGUGCGUCGUGAUGACGAGCGAUUGGUGCACAUCAACAGACGUCGCGUUAACCAACAAACGGAAAAUCUGACUCCGCGUCGUGUGAACACAAUUGCAGAGGGUCGUCGCGUUGAUGGCGAGGAUACAAUGAAAGUUGAGGACAUUAUGCGUCUGAUCCGCAGCGACAAUCGUCUAAGCGCGCUCAGCGAUGACGAGAUCAUCGAGAUGCUGCGUCGCAAUCGCCAGCAAAAAGAGCUGGGACAGAAACUGAACGUGGAACAGGGACACCGCUACCGACGCAGCUUGGUCAACACUCUGGACAUCUCCGCGACUCGACGCAGCGAGGUUCUACUGCAAACUCUGCGUCAGUUGCUGGCACGCCUGAACCAAGAACGCAUUGCUCUGCGCGUCAAUGAUGAGUUGCAGAUGACCGGCAGCUCCCGCCUGAACAUAGCUGAUCAAGCUCAACGCUAUGCCAUCCGCUUGAACGACAUGCGCCUGGACUCCCGUCGCAAUCGAGUUCUGCUUGAGCAGAUCAAUGCCAUUGAGGGUCGCCUGCAGCAGGUGGUGGAACUCGUGAUCCGUGAGAUUAGCAAUGGCAACAUCCGUAGAUCUGGCGUGCAGCAAAUCGACGAGCAGCUCCGCUUGGAGCGUGUGAUCGGCGAUGUUCUCAUCGGCCGCAUUGGUGACAUUGGAAUCCUGCGCAUAUUGCGUGAACUGCUCCAGGACACCACUGUGCGCAUGGACCGCUCUGGCCUGGGCAUGGGCGACCGCGUGCUGCUGCACACCCUACGCAGAAUCAUCGGCAUUGUGGAUGAAAUACGCGAGCAACAGUUGGGCGUCUAUAACCGUGAGAGCCUGAACUUGCAGGAUGUCGUCAUCAACGGUCUGCGCGUGGACAAACUGCGCACUCGCAUCGAGGACAGCGACAUUGAUGUCACCAACCUGGUCGGUCAGCCUCUGCAGUCGCAAAUGAUGGUGCGCCAACGUCGUCUGAACAACAAGCCCUUCACCAUUGACAUGGACAUAAGCGCGAACGGCCCACAGGAUGUAAUCAUUCGCCUGUUUUUGGGACCUCGCCAGGAUGUGAAUGGCCGUGAGCUGCCCCUGGAGCAGCGCCGCUCGGACUUUGUGCUUCUGGAUGCCAUCAAUACCCAACUGCAGAGUGGCCGCAACCGCAUUCAGUACCGCUCGACGAACAUUGCCUGGACAACCCGCGAUGCCACGCCCUACAGCGAGAUCUACCGUCGUGUGAUGACUGCUCUGCGCGAUCAGAAGGAUCAGCUGAUUGUCAGCGAUCUGGUUGGCGAGAACGGCAGCUUCCCUCAGCGCUUGCUGCUGCCUCGUGGCCGCCCCGAGGGUCUGCCCAUGCAGUUGCUAGCGAUCGUCUCACCCGUCGAGCGCCUGGAACGCGAUCUGCCGAUUCGCAUGAAGCGCCUGGAUGGCGUUAUGGGCGUGAGCGUAGCCUCCAUAAUGGACAACCGUCCUCUCGGCUUCCCCCUGGAUCGCCGCAUCGAGAACGAGCAGCUGCUGUUGGAGCUGCCCAACGUACAGCUGGAGGAUGUUCUGAUUGUUAGCGAUAACUAAGCAGAGGAAACCAUGUGCCAAACCUUCCCCGACCGACUGACCGAUGUAGCGACCCCAAUCAACUCGUUCUCCGAUGUCUCCGAAAUGUAAUAGUUAUAUGUAGUAAUUUCUUUCUUGUGUAAUCCCUAAAUAAAGCUAUGCAACUGAUGCAUAAGUGCAUUAAGAAUAA